AUGUUUAUCCCAAACAGCCAUAAAUAAAAGGGUUAAAAGUCUGCAGUCCAGCUGUGAUGUCAGAGAAGGAUUCCCCUCUUCUGGGUCAGAACAUCAGUUUGCAGAAAGCUGUCAUGGUGGCCUGAGGCUGAACCGCAGAGCUUCUCCUUCCAGACCGGCGAUCCUCUCCGAAGUUUCCCGAAAGAAGCCGAGCCCCGGAGCCUCCACACACCCGCCAUCAACCGAAAUCUUCAUCUUCACGCCGAUCCCCCCCCCCCUCCAUGAGUUGAAGUCUGCCGUGUUCGGGUUGGGGGAGGUGGGGAGGACGACAUUCAUGAAAUACAGAAAAAAAAUCGCUUUCCAUCCAUCCUGAGCCCCUCCCAGCCCUCUGACUGCCGGAUCCAAGGCUUGAAUAAAGAGAGGUAGAGCAAGAUGAAAGCAAUCGGAGCUGCGGUACUUAGCGCCGUGUUCUGCACCGUUGUGUCAGCAUCUUCUAAAGUCAAAGAUGAAAGCAGGACGGCCUUCUUCGGCGAGGACGUCCACAUCGAGGUCUCCUCCUGGAACGACUCGGACGUGGUGUUCAAACCCAGGACCAACAGCUCCUACGAGGUGCAUGUGCUGCGGGCGGGACGGGUGAUGAACCAGAACAAGUCUGAGGUCAACUCUCUGGGCCACGUGGUGCUGAAGGACGUCCAGGAGGAGGAUGAGGGGCUUUACAUCAUCACAAGCAGCAGGAACUCCAGCAUGGUCAAACACUUUACCCUCACAGUCAGAGACUGCGCCUCGGAGCAGGUGGUGAAAUAUGGCGAUACGUACAUCAUCCAUCUGAGCCGCAUCGAAGGCCCCAUCACACUGGAGUUCAGGCCCACUCUGGUCAGAAUCAACCAGACGUUCGUUCCGUACACCUCUGAGCCCCCGCCUGUGCUCCUCUACAACAAAACCACGGUGCUGGGAGAAGAUUACGUGGACCGCCUGAGGGUGUCGGAGAGGCAGGUGGUUCUGCACUCGGUUCGGAUGACGGAUGAAGGAAGCUUCACAGUUCUGGACCGAAACGGUCACACCAAGAUGAGGAGCUGCCUGAACGUCAGAGAUCAUCACAGUUUCCUGCAUUCUUCCUACGGAGAGAACCUGAAGAUGAAGCUCUACCAGCACUACUCCAACCUCAACGUGGUCUUCAGGUCCAAAAAGGACAACCAGGAGCGCGUCAUAGUGAACCAGGGGGCUCUGGUGACGCCGCUGGACCCUCAGCUGGAGGGACGGCUAACGGUGGACGGCUCGGUGCUCGUCCUGAAGAAGAUCCACAGCACAGAUGAAGGAGUCUUCAAAGUGACGGACCUGGCUGGCUUUUCUGUGGCUGAUAUUUACAUCAGUGUAGAAGCCUACCAGCUGCCCCCCGUGGCUGUCGCCAUCCUGUCCAUGCUGGGCCUGAUCGUCUUCAUGGUGCUGGUCUGCCUGCUCUCCUGCCUUUACAGGAUUCAUAAAAGAAACGAGAAGAACAAGAAGCUGACGCUCAUCGCUCAGCAGGCCGGGAAGGGAGACGGAGAAGCCUUCAGACAGGUGGUGCAGGAAGCUUACAGCAGGUUCACAGAGGAGUCUCUGACACAGUCUGUGUGUGAAAACCCCUCAGAGGCCACCGAGGUCACCAUCAAGGGACUGGAGGUUUCCAAACCAGGCCGCUACCACACUCUCCCCUCUGACAACUUUCUGGAAAUGAGCGACUCUGGAGUCGAAUUCACCCACUCUGGUCUCCCCCUGGACAGCGACACGGAGGCCGUGAUGACCUACGCCUCCCACAAGCCCCUUCUGAAUGCCGCUUCCCCUCCAGCCGUGACGGAGCAGGUCCACACCGACAGCCUGGAAGCCACCGCGCCCCUGGAUGGAGACCUCAGCACCGUCCGAACCCCUGACUCUGCCCUGAGCGCCAGCCCCGCCUCCAACCCUCGCUCAGCAUCAGCCGCCACCCCUGAUGGCAGCCUGCAGGGCGCCGCGUCCCCAGCGACGGCCUCUAAGAGCACCGGAGAGUCCGACUCAGCAAAAACAGAGGGAGGGGUGGAGGGCGAAGAGGUUGGUCAAAAAGAGUAAUCUGGAAGAACCGGGAUGCUUCUGGAUCCAUUUAUGACCCAAACACAGACAAAUCCUUUUUUUCCCUACGUCCGAAACAUCACAGCUGACAUAUAGCAAGGAUGUAGAUGUGCUGGAUGCAAACAAAACGCUCUACACGGGUGUUUAAUUCACUUAGUACAGAAAAAAAUAGAAGGCAAAACAACAACAACCUCACUGUCUAUGAAAAGAACAAAGCCAUCCAGUGCAUAAAGAUGCAUGCAGUUCAGGUAACCAUAAAAGACGAAAUCUAGACGUUAGAGUAGACUACCUGCAUGCUUUUCCAAAUGAAACACUCCCUGCACUUAAAUCAUAUCAAAUCAUUUCAACGCCUGUCAAAGAGGUUCAAUAAUAAGAACAUGACAAAGGUUUAAGGGUUUGACAGACAGACAGAUGGUAUUUUUCAAGGAAUCAGAGCGGAGCUCCAUACAGCGAAGAGCUUCUCACCUUCCAGCUGAAUCCCAGCGUGUUUCCUCUGAUGGCACUUAUGUCUCCUGUCUCCGAAAAUCACAGCGAUGAUUGCAUUUCAAUCCACUCCCACUCGCUCUGUUAUUAACAGUACAAGCAUGUCAGAAAACAUCACUGCAUCUUAGAUGAAGCAGUUUGUUUCAGUUCACUUGCAAGGAUGAGCUACUCGAGGUGUUAUUUCAUAUUUAAAAAAAAAAGAGAUAAAAAAAACACCCAGGAAGAUGAAACUAGUUCAAGUAGACUGAGCAGCAACACCUCUCUAAUACAGCUGACGGUUGUUUCAAAUAUUUGGUGUCAAAUCUGCUGGAUGUGAAGGAUUUGUCUGAGGAAACCUGUCAAAACGUCCACUUUUUUCACUACGCACCCUGUCAAAAAAAUCCUCAUCUCUGUUGUUGUUUUCUGCUACUAGUGGAGCUAUCGUCCGCUCGGUUCCAGGAAAGGAAAAAUUCAGGGAAAACUGAAUGACAUUUGUGUGAGUUUCAGAGCAGCUCUUGAGAGCAUAAUUGGAUUCCUGGUCUUUUUGGAGACAGACCAAUUCACGGACAGCGUGGAGUGAGGGCCGGUGAUAAAAGAGAUGAGAGAGACGGGAAAAGGGUGCGAUUCGGGGAACAGAUGAAUGACAUCCAGGAUUCAAAGCCUAUUUUCAUCUCGGCCAAGAAUCCACCUCGCAGAGCUCUCAUUAUUGUAGCCCAGUUGUUUGGCAAAAUGAAGUGACUGGAAAGAUAAAUCCUGAUGGGGUUGUGAUAGCGAUUCAGCCAUCAGGUUCAGUAAAAUGAGCGGUUAUCAGAGAAGGUUUUUUCGAGGAGGAGAGGGGUGGCGGAGCUCUAAGCUAUUCAGCCGACACCAUCAGACUCUGGAUAGAGACAUGAGUCUGUUUGGAUAAACGUCUCUAUGGGGUGAAAAGCUUGAAUUGAAGCUACAGUUAUUAUCACUGACAUAAAAAUAACCAUCACUAGUUCUGUGAAGCCUAUUCCAACAUAUAAGAGAUGGGAAUAACAAUAGAAGUGACACCGUCUAAAAGUUUCUCACUCAGUUUCAUGU